AGGAAGAGAGGAACAGAGGAGAGAACCUGCGAUGGCCGACCCCAGCACUUUUAUCGUGGACGUGGACCUGAGAAGCCAUGAGAACAACUUGGCUCACCGCACCAGGGAGAUCGAUCGGGAGCGCUUGAUCGUCCGCAGAGGGCAGCCCUUCUCCAUAACCGUGCAGUGCUCUGACUCUCUGCCCCCCAAACACCAGCUGGAGCUCGUCCUGCACCUGGGUAAAAGAGACGAAGUGGUGAUUAAGGUUCAAAAGCAGCAGGGGGCCAGAGACAGCUGGUGGUUUCACCAGCAGGAGACUCAGGGGGAAAUAUUGCUGACUCUGCAGAGCCCAGCAGACGCCAUCAUUGGACUGUACCGUCUGGUCGUGCUGUUGAUGUCACCGGAUGGACGCAUCGUGGAGAGAGUUGACGAAAUCAGCUUCCAUGUGCUGUUUAACCCUUGGUGCAAAGAUGAUGUUGUGUACCUGCCGGACGAGAGGCUGCUCCAGGAAUACAUCAUGAACGAAGACGGAGUCAUAUUCAUGGAUACCUGGGAUUACAUCAAAAGCAUUCCCUGGAGUUACGGGCAGUUUGAGGACUUUGUGAUGGACAUUUGUUUUGAAGUCCUGGAUAAUUCUAAGGAGGCUCUGAGCAACUCAAAGACGGACAUCGACAGCAGAUCUGAUCCCAUCUACGUCAGCAGGAUGGUCACUGCAAUGGUGAAUGCUAAUGGUGACAGGGGCGUGCUGAUUGGGCGCUGGAGGGCACCGUACCUGGAUGGAGUCGCACCAAAUCGAUGGACGGGCAGCGUGCCCAUCCUCAGGCAGUGGAGCAAAUCCGGCAUCAGAGCAGUCAAAUACGGCCAGUGCUGGGUGUUUGCAGGUGUCGCAUGUACAGUUCUUCGCUGUCUGGGGAUCCCAACGCGCCUCAUAACCAACUUCUGCUCAGCUCAUGAUGUGGAUGGGAAUCUCUCCUUGGACUUUGUGGUGGACUUUGAGAGCAGAGAGGAAAAAACAGACAGCAAAUGGAACUUCCACUGUUGGGUCGAGUCCUGGAUGAGGAGAGACGAUCUCCCGAAAGGAAACGAUGGCUGGCAGGUUUUGGACCCCACACCUCAAGAACUGAGCGAUGGGGAGUUUUGCUGCGGUCCGUGUCCGGUGGCGGCCAUCAAGGAGGGAAACCUGGGAGUGAAGUACGAUGCUUCGUUUGUUUUUGCUGAGGUGAACGCUGACAUCGUUUACUGGAGGGUCCUACCAGGCGGCCGGAGGCAACAGAUCAGCACCGACCAGAGAAACGUGGGGAGGAACAUCAGCACCAAAAGCGUUUAUGGCGACUUCAGAGAAGAUGUCACUCUGCUCUACAAAUACCCUGAGGGCUCUGUGGAAGAGAGAGAGGUUUAUAAGAAGGCAAAGCGCAGGGCCACCCUGCAGCCCGAUGAGAGCAUAGAGCCGGCAAAGCUCAGCCUGUCCAUCAGACAUCCGAACCCCGUGUUUGGAACAGACUUUGAUGUGAUUGUUGAGGUGAAGAAUGAAGGAGGAGAUGAUGCUCACGUUCAUCUGACGGUGCACGCUAUGGCUGUCACUUACAACUCUCUCCACCAGGGGGAGUGCCAGAGGCAGGUGAACAACGUGACUGUGUCGGCUCAGAAUGCUCAUAAAGAGGUGCUGCGUUUCCGCUACGACGACUACGCCAAGUGUGUCUCCGACCAUCACCUGAUCAGGGUGAAAGCUCUGGCUGAAGCUCAGGGGAGCAGUGUGCCCAUCAUGGCUGUGGCUGACAUCCCACUGAGCUUACCUGAGCUCCACAUUCAGGUUCUUGGGAAGGCUUUCGUUUGGGAACAGCUGACAGCUUUUAUCUCCUUCACCAAUCCUCUGCCAGUCCCUCUGACUGGCGGUGUGUUCACCCUGGAGGGGGCCGGCCUGCUGUCUGACACUCACAUCUACGUCGACGAUGUUAUUUCUCCAGGCCAGAAGGUGUCGGUGAAAAUCGCCUUCACCCCGAUGAGAACCGGAGUCAGGAAGCUGCUGGUGGACUUCGACUCCGACAGGCUGAAGGACGUCAAGGGAGUCGUCUCUGUGGUUGUUAGAAAGAAAUACAGGAAUACCUUUCCUGUUUUGAGUGGAAGGUUUUAGGAAAUACGUCUGAUAUCGGGAGACCUAUAAAGACGUUAUCACCCAACAUUUAGUGCUUACACUUGGUUUUAUAUUUUCACUUUUUUUCAGUUGAACCCAGGAUGCAAAUUCAUCUGGAAUGGGCCAUGAAAUCCAUAUUCUCUCUUUGAAACUUCAAUAUGGCUGAUGUGCAUUUAUUCACAGGGUGUUGCAGUGAAAUCUCCUGUAGGACCUUUACAUGGUUUUUAUCCUCUUAUACCAGUGAUGUGCCUAGAACUCCAUGAUAUGUACCUGUGAAUUAUUCAUUUAGUGUUUGGAUGCAAUAAAUGUUGAGAAAUGUA